AAACCACAUUUGAAUAAUUUAGUCCGCUCGAAACUUUCCUCUUGACUAACAUUUCCAUUUCACUGCAUAGAGUUCCUGACCUUUACUGAAGAAAAACCUGGGAUUGAGGUCUUUCAUGAUAAAGAUUAUUUCUUUCAGCCAACAUCAAUCUUCUGUUAUUUAUUCAAAUAUACAGACAAAAUGGGGAUGCCAGAGGCAGUAGAAAAACAAAUCGAUCCUGGGCUACCCCAAGCCUCAGCUGCUAACGACAACCAAGACACUGUUGGUCAUAGUCCUAAAUGUGGCCCAGCAACUGCAUCUAUUCGGUCAACUGUCGAACUUAAGAAAAAGAUGUUGCUAACAGAAGACAAACAGUUGACGUUGCAACUUGCUGAUCACAUUCGAUUUCGUACCUCUAGUCAACAGAUGUCUACCAUUCGUGAAUACGUUUGGCGAAUGGUGGAUGGGCAACAGGACAUUUAUUACAUGGUUGGAAGGAGUCCACAACAGCUUUCACGAUCUCCAUUUGUCCGUCGUUUUCUAAAUGCUGGGCUGGAAGUCAUUUUUAUGACAGAUCCGAUUUUAGACGAUCUCGUGGUCAAGAAACUUAAUAGACAUUAUGAUGGUUUUCGUUUGAUCUCAGUCAAGUCAGAAGCUAUUGAAGUUCCCUUGUUUGCUAAUGAAAAAAUUAAUCGACGAAAACGUCACCGUGAAGCUUUGGAGGAAUUUCUGCCACUCUGCAAACGUCUCAAAUCAGUUUAUCCUCAUCAAAUUCAGAAAAUUGUCAUCUCCAACACAUUGGUUGAAAGUUCGUGUGCCAUGAUUCCGUGUGAAGAAAUGGUUGGUGAUGAAGAGGAGCCUUUUUUCGAUGUAAAUGUCGAAUGGGGUCGUAUUCGAUUAGAGAUCAAUCCCGAUAGCGAUUCACUUCGUUUGCUCUGCCUCCAAGCUCGUCUUUUGGAAAAGAAACAGGAGCAAUUCGACGAUUUGGUCAAAUUUCUUUUUGGUCCACCUACAACAGAAGAUUCCGUCGUAAUUGAACAACCUUUUUCCCCGUCCAGCAAUGAUUCUGUUUCUGAAUUGAGCACAUUUAGCGAUUGAUGAGCACUGGCUAAACUGAUUGUAGUGAAUAUUUGUGUUUUUUUUCUUGGUUUUUUAGUUUCACCGGUUUUUAAUUGUUCGUGUUUCUUGUUGCAUUGGCUGAGAUGUCGUUGUUCAGUUUGAAUUCCAGUUUUUUUCUCCCCAAGUUUGGAAUAUUAAUGUGAAUACAGUUUUUCUU